AUGAUAGCUGCCAAGUUUAAGGAGGCAAAUCAGAUCUACGGAAGAAUAACCCACGUCGUCAAUUGUGCUGGAUAUAUCCUUGAGGGUGCAGUAGAAGAGGCUAGCUCUAAGGAGGUCUACGACCAGUUCAACACCAACGUUUUCGGCGCUGCCAAUAUCACUCGCGCUUCCGUUCGUUAUCUUCGCCAGGCUGCUCAAACUGGCUCAUCUCAUGUUGUUAUCGCACAUUUUGGCAGCUUGGCGUCUUACUGGUCUUUCCCCGCAAUGGCACAUUACUGUGCCACUAAAGCCGCUGUCUCUCUCCUUACCGAUGGAAUUGGUCGCGAAGUGGCCCCAUUUGGCAUCAAGGCCUGUACUAUUGAACCUGGCUUCUUCCGCACCGAGUUUCUUAAUGUGGGAGAGGCUCAGCGCCGAAUUCAGACUGCUGCAACCAUACCUGCGUAUGUCGGCACUCCAGUCGCAGAUUCGCGUGAGCUGCUUAUCAGGGCCAAUAACAACCAGGCCGGCGAUCCGGAAAAAGGUGCCAAGGUCAUUGUGGAUGUAUUUACUGGUACAGGUAUUGCAAGUGGUAAAGAACUACCCGACCUUCUACAUUUAGGCCCUGAUAUUGUUGGAACCCUGAAGGAUUCUAUGAUUCCCGGCAUGCUUAAGACAAUGGACCAGUGGGCUGAGGUUUCGAGGUCAACGGAUUUCUAA